AUGUCAACCGCCUCACACCCUCUAGCCGAUACUAAAGCUGGGCUGGAAGGCGAUGGAGGUGCGAAUUCCGACCUUGCGCCCGCCAACGCUGUGGGUGUUGCGCCCCGGAAGAAAGAAGCGCCCCCUGAGUCUGCAGAGAGCAUACGGCUACGGAUCUGGGUCAUCGCGUCGUUUUGGGCGAUCGUUAUAUUUGUGGGCUUGCCGAUAUGGUGGAAGACGACGAUGAUACACAGGGAAAAUUUGCCGCUGGACCAGAUGAUGGACUGGGCGGAUGGGAGGGCAUGUCGACCAGUAUUUCCCCUACGGAUUUCGGUAGAGGCGGAUUCCCUGCAAGAUCAUGAGAAACAGCAUCUUCUGCGGACGACGCAGCAUGCGCUGGAUGAUUUGAACGACUUCUCGGCGCACCAUCUGCGACUUCAACUUUCGCCCUCCAUUGGUGUCAAUGCGACUGUGGCUACGACAGGAGUUUCUACAGGCAGAUCCGAGGAAGAGGUAGCUCUUACGAUUCGAGUUGUCCCGGGUGCGGCGACACGAGCAGAUCUACAGCCCUAUUCUCCCGUACUAGACAUUCACUACACGCCGAACCAGAUACCAUCCGUUUCUUCAUCCUCAUCCCCACUAGGCAGCUAUAUAGCAGACACUCUGAGAGGGCUGUUCGCAGAGGAACAGGGAAUGAUCGCCUACCUUCUAUCCACGAGUUCUGCCCCUCCGGAACGCAGUCCCAAAGCAUUGGCCCCUGAAAUUGCGGAAUCCCUUGCCAAAUGGCGCACCCGCUCCAUGAAAUACUCGCGAACCUACCAUCUAACAUUCUCCCUCUUCACGCCCACCGCAAUCCCCUCCUCUUGGGACAUUGAAGCCGCGCUGGAAGAACACAUGCAACCCCUUCUCGAAAGCUUGUCCUCCAUUAGCAACUUCACAAUCGAUACCCAAGUCCAACUCUACGCCACGCCUGGCGUAAGCGGCUCCGUCCUCAAGAAAGAAGACCUCAGCGGCUUCAUCAACGCUGCCGAAUGGCCUUUGAGUCCUAGUAUCGGCGGCGCGCCAACUGUGAAUUUCAUUGUGUACGUCGGCGACAUGGAAGUCGAAGGUGGCGGCAAGAGCUGGCUGAUCCCGCAGUGGGGAGGAGUGGUCAUCCAGUCCGACAUAUCUGAUCUCCGACCCGCCAUGCUCAUCUUUUCAAACCAGCUCAUGUCCCUCCUCGGCGCUCCAGAGUCCGGGUCCCUCCCUGUCCGGCUCAUGACACUCGUGCGCGUGCGUAGCGCUGGCUUGCUGUUGAAAGCCAGCGGUACCAUGGGCAGUCUUGCCCGUCUUAGUCUCGCGUUACCUGGCAUCUCUAUCCCACGUAGUGUGGCAGACGGGGUAUAUACUACUAUCGGACAUCUGCGCAAAGCCUGCGAUGGGUUGGGUGGGAAGGAGGGGCUGGAGAAUGCGAGAAUUGCAGAGGAGGCCGCUGAAAAGGCGUUCUUUGAGAAGAGUAUGGUGGGUCAGGUGUACUUUCCUGACGAGCACAAGGUCGCGGUCUACUUGCCGCUGCUUGGGCCGGUGGCCGUACCGUUGGUGAUGGGGGCUAUGAAGGAGCUGAAAGCGUGGAGUAAACGGAGACGGGGGAUCGAAGUAGUUCUCCCAAAUGCUGAGGAGCCGAAUGUCAUUUUUGGACAUGAAGGCUUUCUCAAUGUCCCCGGUGAUUAG